AUGGCCGUCCUGCUACGGAGCGCGCCGGCGGUGCUGCUGAGUCUGACGCUGCUGCUGACCGCAGCGGCCGGCUACCCCGACGUGCAGUCCCGCCCGCUGGUCGCCACGCGAGAGGGCAUCGUCAGGGGCGUGGCGCGGCGCAGCGCCGCCGGCGGCCUCUUCUUCGGCUUCAAGGGGAUCCCGUACGCGCGCGCGCCGCUCGGGCCACUCCGCUUUCAGCCGCCGCAACGCCACCCGGGCUGGGCGGACGUGCUGGACGGCCUCAAGCACGGCAGCACAUGUCUGCAGUACAAUUCGUUGAAGAACUUCAGUCUGGAGGGCGACGAGGACUGCCUGUUCGCCAACGUGUACACGCCGCAGCUGCCGGCGCUGGAGAGAGCCGUUGGAGGUUUGCCAGUCAUGGUCUACAUCCACGGUGGUAGCCUCAUGAUGGGCAACGGAGACGAGGAGAUAUACGGACCGAACUAUUUCAUGGACGAGGCUGUGGUGCUGGUGACCUUCAACUACCGACUGGGACUGUUCGGAUUCUUCACGGCACACGAUAAGAAGCGCUCCCGGCAACUACGGUCUGCUGGACCAGGUGAUGCUGCUGCAGUGGGUCCGGGAUAAUAUCGCCAGAUUCGGCGGAGACCCCCGUGCGGUGACCGUUUUUGGUACGUCAGCGGGAGGGACCAGUGUCUCGCUUUUGGUGCUGAGCCCCCUGGCGAAAGGCCUGUUUCACCACGCCAUCAGCCAGUC